GGGGGCGGCGGGCCGGCCGGCUGCUCCGGGCGCCCCCCUCCGCGGCGCGCCGCUCCUCCGGCCCUCCCCUCCUCCAUCAGCCAUGUUCCGCGCGCGGGGAGGGCUGGGGGAAGAAGGGGCGAGAGCCGGGGGCCGGCGGCGGCGAGGAGAGCCGCCUCUGCCUCGGGGAAGGAGGGGAUGAGAGCUGGGGGGAGCAGCGCGACGAGGAGGAGGCGGCGGCGGCGGCGGCGGCCGGCGAGGAGCCCGCGCUGGGUUCUGCGGUAGGACUCCCCGGAGCCACCAUCAUGGUGAAGAGGAAGAGCUCCGAGGGCCAGGAGCAGGACGGCGGCCGCGGCAUCCCGCUGCCCAUCCAGACCUUCCUGUGGCGGCAAACCAGUGCAUUUUUGAGGCCUAAGCUGGGGAAGCAAUAUGAAGCCUCUUGUGUGUCCUUUGAACGAGUGCUGGUAGAAAACAAGCUGCAUGGCCUCUCCCCGGCCCUCUCCGAAGCCAUCCAGAGCAUUUCCAGAUGGGAGCUGGUGCAGGCCGCCCUCCCUCAUGUUCUCCACUGCACUGCCACCCUGCUGUCAAACAGGAACAAGCUAGGCCACCAGGAUAAGCUGGGUGUUGCCGAGACAAAGCUUCUUCAUACCCUGCACUGGAUGCUUCUAGAGGCCCCACAGGACUGCAACAGCGAUCAGUUUGGGGGUACGGACCGAGGCUCCAGCUGGGGUGGUGGCAGCAGUGCUUUCAUCCACCAAAUCGAGAACCAGGGUUCUCCAGGGCAGCCCUGCCGAAGCAGCUCCAAUGAUGAGGAGGAGAACAACAGAAGGAAGAGCUUCCAGAACUCCAUGGCUACGGUGGAGCUCUUUGUGUUUCUAUUUGCUCCUCUUGUACACAGGAUAAAGGAAUCUGACCUCACCUUCCGACUGGCCAGUGGGCUGGUUAUAUGGCAGCCUAUGUGGGAGCACAGACAACCAGAAGUCUCUGGCUUUACUGCCCUGGUGAAACCCAUCAGGAGCAUCAUUACAGCCAAGAGAAGCUCUCCUGUCAACAGUCAAAAGAGUCAGACCUGUGAGUCACCAAAUCAAGACACAAAACAGCAAGGCGAGGGACUUCAGGGGGUCGGCGAAGCACUGCAGCCUGAUUCCACGUCACCCAAGGCCACCAUCUCAGGCUGCCACCAGGGAAACUCCUUUGACGGAAGCCUAUCCUCCCAAACUUCCCAGGAAAGAGGCCCAUCGCAUUCAAGGGCCUCUCUUGUGAUACCACCAUGCCAGAGGUCACGCUACGCCACCUACUUCGAUGUCGCUGUUCUCCGCUGCCUCCUCCAGCCCCACUGGUCUGAGGAAGGCACUCAGUGGUCCCUGAUGUACUAUCUACAAAGGCUGCGACACAUGCUGGAAGAGAAGCCAGAGAAGACCCCAGAACCAGAUAUCCCUCUCCUGCCCAGGCCCCGAAGCAGCUCGAUGGUGGCGGCAGCUCCCUCACUAGUAAACACCCACAAGACCCAAGAUCUCACCAUGAAGUGUAACGAAGAAGAAAAAUCUCUGAGCCCCGAGGCCUUUUCCAAGGUUUCAUUGACCAAUCUGCGAAGAUCUGCAGUCCCAGAUCUGUCUUCAGACCUGGGCAUGAACAUUUUUAAGAAGUUCAAAAGUCGCAAAGAAGACAGAGAGAGGAAAGGCUCCAUUCCAUUUCACCACACUGGGAAGAGGCGGCCUAGAAGAAUGGGAGUACCAUUCCUGUUGCAUGAGGACCAUCUGGAUGUGUCACCCACCAGAAGCACAUUCUCAUUUGGAAGUUUCUCUGGGCUUGGAGAAGACAGGAGAGGCAUCGAAAAGGGAGGCUGGCAAACCACCAUCUUAGGGAAAUUGACCCGGCGGGGCAGCUCAGAUGCAGCCACUGAAAUGGAAAGCCUGAGUGCCAGACACUCCCACUCCCAUCACACCCUGGUGAGCGACCUGCCAGACCACUCCAACAGCCAUGGAGAAAACACUGUCAAGGAAGUGCGGUCGCAGAUCUCCACCAUCACAGUGGCGACCUUCAACACCACCCUGGCAUCCUUCAACGUAGGCUAUGCCGACUUCUUCAGUGAGCAUAUGAGGAAGCUCUGCAGCCAGGUGCCUAUCCCAGAGAUGCCGCACGAACCCCUGGCAUGCGCAAACCUGCCACGGAGCCUCACAGAUUCCUGCAUUAACUACAGCUACCUGGAGGACACAGAACAUAUCGAUGGGACCAACAACUUUGUCCACAAGAACGGCAUGCUGGAUCUUUCUGUGCUUCUGAAGGCUGUGUAUCUUGUUCUUAACCAUGACAUCAGCUCGCGGAUCUGUGACGUGGCACUGAACAUUGUGGAGUGUUUGCUUCAGCUUGGUGUGGUUCCCUGUGUAGACAAGAAUAGGAAGAAGAGUGAAAACAAGGAGAACGAGACUGUGGAAAAGAGACCAAGCCAGGGGACUUUCCAGUUCAAAGGCCUGUCUUCAAGUUCCACCAGUGGGUUCGGAGCCCCUUCUGCCAGUGGAGCUGGAGAUGGUGGAGCAGGAGAAGGAGGAGGUGGAGAUGGAGGAGGAGGAGGAGGUGGUGGUGGAGGAGGAGGAGAUGGAGGAGGUGGUGGAGGAGGUGGAGGUGGCCCUUAUGAAAAGAAUGAGAAGAACCAAGAAAAGGAUGAAAGUAUACCUGUAAGCAACCAUAGGCUUGCCCUCACCAUGCUGAUCAAAAUAGUGAAAUCUUUGGGAUGUGCCUAUGGUUGCGGAGAAGGACACCGAGGGCUCUCUGGAGAUCGUCUGAGACACCAGGUAUUCCGAGAGAAUGCCCAGAACUGCCUCACUAAGCUAUACAAGCUAGAUAAGAUGCAGUUCCGACAAACCAUGAGGGACUAUGUGAACAAGGACUCGCUCAAUAAUGUAGUGGACUUCUUGCAUGCUUUGCUAGGAUUUUGUAUGGAGCCAGUCACGGACAACAAAGCUGGAUUUGGAAAUAAUUUCACCACCGUGGACAACAAAUCCACAGCCCAAAAUGUGGAGGGCAUUAUCGUUGGUGCCAUGUUCAAGUCCCUCAUCACACGCUGUGCCUCAACCACACAUGAGCUACACAGCCCUGAGAAUUUGGGACUGUACUGUGACAUCCGCCAGCUGGUCCAGUUUAUCAAAGAAGCUCAUGGGAAUGUCUUCAGGAGAGUGGCUCUUAGCGCUCUGCUUGACAGCGCUGAAAAGUUAGCCCCAGGGAAAAAGGUGGAGGAGACUGGACAGGAGUCUAAGCCUGCAGGUGGUAAAAGGUCGGAGGCAGGAAGCAUCGCAGAUAAAGGCCAGGUAUCCUCUGCACCUGAGGAAUGUCGAAGCUUCAUGUCUGGUCGCCCCUCACAGACGCCAGAACAUGAUGAACAAAUGCAAGGGGGCAAUCUGGGACGGAAGGAUUUCUGGCGGAAGAUGUUCAAAUCCCAAAGUGCAGCAAGUGACACGAGCAGCCAGUCCGAGCAGGACACUUCAGAAUGUACCACAGCCCACUCAGGGAACACCUCAGACCGGCGUGCCCGCUCACGAUCCCGCAGAAUCUCCUUGCGAAAGAAGUUGAAACUCCCCAUAGGUAAAAGAAACUGGCUGAAGCGGUCCUCCCUCUCUGGCCUGGCAGAUGGUGUAGAGGACCUCCUGGACAUUAGCUCUGUGGAUCGCCUGUCUUUCAUCAGGCAAAGCUCCAAGGUCAAGUUCACUAGUGCUGUCAAGCUCUCUGAAGGUGGGCCAGGGAGUGGGAUGGAGAAUGGCCGAGAAGAGGAGGAGAAUUUCUUCAAGCGUCUUGGUUGCCACAGUUUCGAUGACCACGUUUCUCCCAACCAAGAUGGUGGAAAAAGCAAAAAUGUGGUGAAUCUGGGAGCAAUCCGACAAGGCAUGAAACGUUUUCAAUUUCUGCUCAACUGCUGUGAGCCAGGGACAAUUCCUGACGCAUCCAUCCUAGCUGCUGCCUUGGACCUAGAAGCCCCUGUGGUGGCCAGAGCAGCUCUGUUUCUGGAAUGUGCCCGUUUUGUUCACCGGUGCAACCGGGGCAACUGGCCAGAGUGGAUGAAAGGGCACCAUGUGAACAUCACCAAGAAAGGCCUUUCCCGGGGCAGGUCUCCCAUCGUGGGCAACAAGCGGAACCAGAAGCUGCAGUGGAAUGCUGCCAAGCUCUUCUACCAGUGGGGAGAUGCAAUUGGCAUCCGAUUGAAUGAGCUGUGCCAUGGAGAGAGCGAGAGCCCUGCCAGCUUGCUCGGCCUUAUUUAUGAUGAGGAGACCAAGAGAAGACUUCGAAAGGAGGAUGAGGAGGAAGACUUUUUAGAUGACAGUACUGUGAACCCCUCUAAAUGUGGCUGUCCUUUUGCCUUGAAGAUGGCAGCAUGCCAACUUCUCCUGGAGAUAACCACCUUCCUGAGAGAGACUUUUUCUUGCCUACCUAGACCUCGCACUGAGCCUCUAGUGGACUUGGAAAGCUGUAGGCUCCGUCUGGAUCCUGAGUUGGACCGGCAUCGAUAUGAGAGGAAGAUCAGCUUUGCGGGAGUUCUAGAUGAAAAUGAAGACUCAAAAGAUUCCCUCCACAGCAGCAGCCACACCCUCAAAUCAGACACAGGUGCUGAGGAGAAGAAAGUUCCCAGCAGGAAGAUCAGGAUAGGAGGUUCUCGCCUGCUCCAGAUUAAAGGAACCCGCAGUUUCCAGGUGAAGAAGGGGGGUUCCUUGUCCAGCAUUCGCCGAGUCGGCAGCUUAAAGAGCAGCAAGUUAUCACGGCAGGACUCAGAGUCUGAGGCUGAGGAGCUGCAGCUGUCCCAGAGCAGGGACACUGUCACUGACCUAGAAGGGAGUCCUUGGAGUGCAAGUGAACCGAGCAUUGAGCCCGAGGGAAUGAGCAAUGCCGGCACAGAGGAAAAUUACCAUAGAAACAUGUCAUGGCUUCAUGUCAUGAUCUUACUAUGCAAUCAACAGAGUUUCAUUUGUACGCAUGUGGAAUACUGCCAUCCACACUGCUACCUGCACCACAGCCGCUCCUGUGCCCGGCUGGUCAGGGCCAUUAAACUGCUGUAUGGGGACAGUGUAGACUCCCUGCGUGAGAGCAACAAUAUCAGCAAUGUGGCUUUGAGGGGCAAGAAGCAGAAAGAGUGCUCAGAUAAGUCAUGCCUGAGGACGCCUUCCCUGAAGAAGAGAGUUUCAGAUGUCAACUUGGAAGGGAAAAAGGACUCCGGAAUGCUGAAGUACAUCAGACUUCAGGUGAUGAGCUUGUCACCUGCUCCCUUGUCUCUGCUAAUCAAAGCAGCUCCAAUCCUGACAGAGGAAAUGUAUGGAGAUAUCCAGCCCGCUGCCUGGGAACUGCUUCUCAGCAUGGAUGAGCACAUGGCAGGUGCAGCAGCUGCCAUGUUCCUGCUGUGUGCGGUGAAGGUCCCUGAAGCUGUGUCAGACAUGCUGAUGUCCGAGUUCCACCAUGCAGAAACUGUACAGAGGCUGAAUGCUGUCCUCAAGUUCCACACGCUCUGGAGGUUUCGCUAUCAGGUCUGGCCAAGGAUGGAGGAGGGAGCACAGCAGAUUUUUAAGAUCCCGCCUCCCAGCAUAAACUUCACCCUGCCCUCACCAGUACUUGGAAUGCCAUCUGUCCCAAUGUUUGACCCUCCGUGGGUCCCUCAGUGCAGCGGGAGUGUCCAGGACCCCAUUAAUGAAGACCAGUCCAAAUCCUUCUCUGCCCGGGCUGUGUCCCGCUCUCAUCAGAGGGCAGAGCACAUCUUAAAGAACUUGCAGCAGGAAGAAGAGAAGAAACGCCUCGGUCGUGAGGCGAGCCUCAUUACCGCCAUCCCCAUCACCCAAGAGGCUUGCUAUGAGCCCACCUGCACCCCCAACUCUGAGCCUGAGGAAGAAGUAGAAGAAGUCGCCAAUCUGACAUCCCGACGGCUGUCUGUGAGUCCAUCCUGCACCUCCAGCACAUCCCACAGAAACUACUCCUUCCGCAGAGGGUCAGUCUGGUCCGUACGUUCAGCAGUCAGUGCUGAAGAUGAGGAACGCACCACUGAACAUACACCAAACCACCACGUGCCUCAGCCUCCACAAGCAGUAUUCCCAGCAUGCAUCUGCGCCGCGGUCCUUCCCAUUGUUCAUUUAAUGGAGGAUGGAGAGGUGCGAGAAGAUGGAGUGGCAGUCAGUGCUGUAGCCCAGCAAGUCUUGUGGAACUGUCUAAUUGAAGAUCCAUCAACAGUUCUUCGACAUUUUCUGGAAAAAUUGACCAUCAGCAAUAGACAAGAUGAGCUAAUGUACAUGCUGCGCAAACUUCUCUUAAAUAUUGGAGACUUUCCAGCUCAGACAUCACACAUCCUGUUCAACUACUUGGUGGGACUAAUCAUGUACUUUGUGAGGACUCCAUGUGAGUGGGGGAUGGAUGCCAUCUCUGCCACACUGACCUUCCUGUGGGAGGUGGUCGGCUAUGUGGAGGGCCUCUUCUUCAAAGAUCUCAAGCAGACAAUGAAGAAGGAGCAAUGUGAAGUGAAGCUGCUGGUCACUGCUUCCAUGCCAGGUACCAAAACCCUGGUGGUUCAUGGACAGAAUGAAUGUGACAUUCCAACCCAGUUACCAGUCCAUGAAGACACUCAGUUUGAAGCCCUGCUGAAGGAGUGUCUAGAGUUUUUCAACAUCCCAGAAUCCCAGUCAACACAUUACUUCCUUAUGGAUAAACGAUGGAACCUUAUCCACUACAACAAGACCUAUGUUCGAGAUAUUUAUCCCUUCCGGAGGUCCGUGUCUCCACAGCUGAACCUUGUACAUAUGCAUCCGGAAAGGGGACAGGAGCUCAUUCAGAAACAGGUGUUCACCAGGAAGCUGGAGGAAGUAGGGCGGGUGUUGUUUCUCAUCUCCCUCACCCAGAAGAUUCCCACAGCCCACAAGCAGUCACAUGUCUCCAUGCUGCAAGAGGACCUUCUUCGUCUGCCCUCCUUCCCUCGGAGUGCAAUCGAUGCCGAGUUUUCUCUCUUCAGUGACCCUCAAGCUGGGAAGGAACUGUUUGGCCUUGACACCCUUCAGAAAAGCUUGUGGAUCCAGCUCCUGGAGGAAAUGUUCCUGGGCAUGCCGAGCGAGUUUCCCUGGGGAGACGAAAUCAUGCUUUUUCUCAAUGUGUUUAAUGGGGCUCUGAUUCUCCACCCGGAAGACAGUGCUCUGCUCAGGCAGUACGCUGCCACUGUCAUCAACACAGCUGUACACUUCAAUCACCUCUUCUCUCUCAGUGGCUACCAGUGGAUUCUCCCCACCAUGCUACAGGUAUACUCUGACUAUGAAAGCAAUCCCCAGCUGCGUCGAGCCAUCGAAUUUGCCUGCCACCAGUUCUACAUUCUGCACCGGAAGCCCUUUGUGCUCCAGCUGUUUGCUAGUGUGGCCCCCCUCCUGGAGUUCCCGGAUGCUGCCAAUACUGGGUCCAGCAAAGGUGUGUCAGCCCAGUGUCUUUUUGACUUGCUACAGUCCCUGGAGGGAGAAACCACUGAUAUUUUGGACAUCCUAGAGCUGGUUAAAGCUGAGAAGCCCCUUAAGUCACUAGAUUUCUGCUAUGGAAACGAAGACCUGACAUUCUCCAUCAGUGAAGCCAUUAAGCUCUGUGUUACUGUGGUGGCUUAUGCUCCUGAGUCAUUCAGAAGCCUUCAGAUGCUCAUGGUCUUGGAGGCGUUGGUUCCAUGUUACCUACAGAAGAUGAAGAGGCAGACUUCACAGGUAGAGACCGUGCCAGCUGCCCGAGAGGAGAUUGCUGCCACAGCUGCUCUGGCCACAUCCCUACAAGCCCUUUUAUACAGUGUGGAGGUCCUCACCAGGCCCAUGACAGCCCCACAGAUGAGCAGGAGCGAUCAAGGUCACAAAGGCACAACCACAGCCAAUCAUACCAUGUCAUCUGGAGUGAACACCAGGUACCAGGAGCAAGGAGCCAAGCUGCACUUUAUCAGGGAAAACCUUCACUUAUUGGAGGAAGGACAAGGCCUUCCCAGAGAAGAGCUAGAUGAACGGAUUGCUCGAGAAGAAUUCAGAAGGCCCCGGGAAUCCCUGCUGAAUAUUUGCACAGAAUUCUAUAAGCAUUGUGGGCCAAGGCUGAAGAUCUUGCAAAAUCUGGCUGGGGAACCCCGGGUCACUGCCCUGGAGCUGCUGGAUGUGAAGUCCCACAUGAGACUGGCAGAAAUUGCACACUCCCUUCUGAAGCUGGCACCGUAUGACACCCAGACAAUGGAGAGCCGGGGCCUUCGGCGCUACAUUAUGGAGAUGCUGCCUAUUACCGACUGGUCAGCGGAGCCAGUGAGGCCAGCCCUUAUCCUCAUUCUAAAGAGAUUGGAUAGAAUGUUCAACAAAAUCCAUAAGAUGCCUACCCUGAGGCGACAGGUUGAGUGGGAGCCUGCCAGCAGUUUGAUUGAAGGGGUUUGUUUGACACUUCAGAGGCAGCCAAUCAUAUCCUUCCUGCCUCACCUUAGGUCACUGAUCAAUGUCUGUGUCAAUCUGGUGAUGGGAGUGGUAGGACCUUCCAGUGUUGCGGAUGGAUUACCCCUUCUUCAUCUCAGCCCUUAUCUCUCACCACCUCUGCCCUUCAGCACAGCUGUUGUCCGGCUUGUAGCAUUGCAGAUACAGGCUUUAAAAGAAGAUUUCCCUUUAAGCCAUGUGAUCUCCCCAUUCACCAAUCAAGAGCGAAGGGAGGGGAUGCUUUUAAAUCUGCUCAUCCCAUUUGUGCUCACAGUAGGAUCUGGAAGCAAAGAUAGCCCGUGGCUGGAGCAGCCAGAGGUACAGCUACUGCUACAGACUGUCAUUAAUGUGCUCCUGCCCCCUCGGAUCAUCAGCACAUCUAGGAGCAAGAACUUCAUGCUCGAGAGCUCCCCCGCCCACUGCUCCACCCCGGGGGAUGCAGGCAAAGAUUUGCGCAAGGAAGGGCUGGCCGAGUCCACCAGCCAGGCAGCGUACUUGGCCCUAAAGGUUAUUCUCGUCUGCUUCGAGAGGCAGCUGGGAGGCCAGUGGUACUGGCUGAGCCUGCAGGUGAAGGAAAUGGCUCUGCGGAAGGUGGGCGGCCUAGCCCUGUGGGACUUCCUCGACUUCAUCGUGCGCACGCGGAUACCCAUCUUCGUGCUCUUGCGCCCUUUCAUCCAGUGCAAGCUCCUGGCCCAACCAGCAGAGAACCAUGAAGAACUUAACGCCCGACAACAUAUUGCUGACCAGCUAGAGCGGCGCUUCAUCCCCCGCCCUUUAUGCAAGAGCUCGCUCAUUGCCGAGUUCAACAGUGAACUGAAAAUUCUGAAAGAGGCGGUCCACAGUGGAUCAGCCUACCAAGGAAAGACAUCCAUCAGCACCGUGGGCACAUCUACCUCUGCCUACCGCCUGAGCCUGGCCACCAUGUCCCGCUCCAACACGGGCACAGGCACUGUCUGGGAGCAGGACAGUGAACCAUCCCAACAAGCUUCUCAAGACACCCUGAGUCGGACUGACGAGGAGGACGAGGAAAAUGACUCUGUAAGCAUGCCCAGUGUGGUAAGUGAACAGGAAGCUUGUCUCCUGGGUAACCUCGGAAGGAGGAGAUUCUCCAGCCACGUCUCCAGCAUGUCUGCACCUCAGGCUGAGGUGGGCAUGUUACCCAGCCAAAGUGAACCUAAUGUCCUCGAUGACUCCCAGGGCCUGGCCGCCGAGGGCAGCCUCUCUAGGGUGGCGAGUGUACAGAGUGAACCUGGCCAGCAGAACCUCCUCCUGCAGCAGCCACUGGGGAGGAAAAGGGGCCUGAGGCAGCUAAGACGCCCUCUCCUGUCAAGGCAGAAGACUCAGACUGAACCCAGAAACCGCCACGGGGCUCGACUGUCCACUACACGCAGGAGCAUUCAACCUAAAACGAAGCCAUCUGCUGAUCAGAAGCGAUCUGUGACCUUCAUUGAGGCUCAGCCAGAGCCAACAGCCGCCCCAACAGACAUACUUCCUGCCACAGGCCAACCACAGGGCUGCAGCCCAGGCCUGUCUAAGAAACCGGAAGGAACGGACAAGCCAGUGCUGACAUCCUCUCCUGCCAUUGUGGUCGCCGAUCUUCAUAGCCUGUCUCCCAAGCAGAGUGAGCCCCUCCUUGCUGAAGAAGGAGAACAAAAGGAGGAGACAGAAGUACAAGGUGCUGCAGCACACAGCCCCCUCUCUACUCAACUCUCAGACCCUGAUGACUUCACUGGCCUUGAGACAUCCAGCCUCCUACAGCAUGGAGAUACUGUUCUUCAUAUCAGUGAGGAAAAUGGCAUGGAGAACCCCCUGCUGUCCAGCCAAUUCACUUUCACUCCUCCUGAGCUGGGGGAGAAAGAUGCAGCACUAGAUGAGUCCCAUGUUUAGCUCUGUGUCACAGGAGCCAUGAAGUCGACUGAAGACAGCUGACAACAGAAUGCUUUUGAUGAAAAGAGUUGAUUCCAAAACAGCACUUUAUAGCCAGUGGGUGGCGUUAAGUCUGAGUGAAUUUUGCUGCCAAAACUCCUAAGGUGUCAUAACCUUAUCUUAAAAAUCAAUAGCUAAAAGUCUUUAGUCACGUGAAGACCAUAAAAACAGGGAGGAAUAGGGGGAAAGAGCCAUUUCACUGCACAGUGUGUAUAGCUCCCUUUGAGCAGCUAAUAUAUAUACUAUUACAGACAGCUAAGAAUAUACACUAUUGCUUCCCUCAUAAGAAUACUAACGAUAUGUUCUAAAGAGGAAUGCAGUCUUUUAAGAUACUCACAUUAUACAUCACCUGAAAAUGUUUAUUUUUGUAGUCUCAAAAAUUGUACGUUACGUGGCAUAGCAAUUCACAUAAAAACAACCAAUAAGAAAAAUAAUUAGAUUGGAGAAACUAAAUUACAAAUUUUGUUUUGGUCAACAAUAUACCCAGUAAUUAAAGGAACAAAACACUAUUUUUUAGAGCUGUGGACUUUUCAAAAUUUAUUUUUUAACUGUCAUUUUCAUUCCAUGCUACAAAUCAAAAUUCUAACACCACAGAUCAUUUCAUAUCAAUCACAUUAGACAUAAUAUUCUAGAAAUUCUCAGAUAUGAUUCUGAAUGAAUAACAUAGACAGUUAUGUAAUUAUAAAAAGCUAAAUGUAAAUAGCAUUGCUUGAAAGAGCUGGCAUUCCUACUUCUAGUCCUGACUACAUCAAUGUCUAGAUUGGAUCUAUUGGGAAAGGGGAUUGUUUUUCCCUUAUAGUCCUUGUGCCUGCCCCUGAGGGCAUAUUUUCAUACAUUAAAGUUAAGUUGUUAGAACUAGAUCGGAAAAUGACUUUUUCUCAGUAGUCAAAUAGUCUAUGAUCCUUAGGAGAUCUCAGCUAAUGAGGAAGAAUACAGAGGUAAUCAAUUUCUUCAUUGCCUCAGACAGCUUGUAUAUAUCACUAAUAGGGCUUUAACUCGAAGUGCAGUUACUUCAAUAAAUAAAAUAAAAUUUGGAAGGCUUGUGAGGCCAGUACUUAGUGGAUUAUUAAAGGGCUGGGCACCAUGCAGUUCAUAAAUGGUUUUCAAACGUUUAGCAGUUUACAUUAGAGAAAUGUUGCAUAACUACUAAGCAUUGAAAGAAAUAUAUACAUACCUACAUUGGUAUGGGAGUGUGUGUGUGUGUGUGUGUGUGUGUGUGUGUGUGUGUGUGUGUGUGUGUGUGUGUUGGUCUUCAAGUAGAAGUUAAUAGAGUUUGAUUAUGUUGAAAUGAGUUUAAAAUAUAUUCUAUAAGCUCAGUGUUGACUAUGUUGGCUAUGAACUGUACGUGUAUAUAAAGAGGAGAUCUAUAAACCCAAACAAAUCAUAAAGGAAAGUAAUUUUAUGUUAGAAUUGUUUAUUAAAUAAGCACAGUUUAUAUUGUGACUUAUAAAAUCAAAUAUAUUUUGGGGCUAUGGCCCAUUCACCAAGAAAAUGAAAGUAUCUAUAAAUUAAUUAGAAUAAGAUUUAAAAUCCCCAAGUUGAGAAAAUCAAGAUGGUAUCACCUCCGGGCCUUUGACUAAGAACAAGUAUGGGAAAUCAAGGAGAUAAAGGGAUCUGUUUUAUGUACUAUAGCAUCUUCAUAUCAUUUAUACUUAAUGCUGAGUUCAUCCCUAAGUGCAGAAGUCGACAUGCAAGUGGUUUUCUGGUUCUAAGCUGAUGUAUUUUGCCUGUUAAAAACUAUGCUGCUCAAUUAGCAUUAGAGGCCUUAUGUCUGGUAAUUACAAGUGUCUGAGUUAUGUGCGUCUAUGUGCUUUGUUCCAGUUUUGGGAUUCUUGAUUCAAAAUCUUUAUAAUUGUGUCAGAUAUUUAAGAAGUAUAGAGGUCGAUGAAUUGUUAAAUACUCAACAAUAACCGUAAAUACCUUUAUAUAUUUUAGAUGUGUUGGGCUGUUUGAGAGAUUUUACUGUUUGAGAGAUUUUACUGGUCUGUCUACCUUUUAGCCUGACUCCUGCAGUGUCAUGUAUAGAAAUCUGUUAGAAAUUUUUUCAAUAAGCUAAGUAAUGUUUUACCUUGAAAGAAAAAAAAAAAAAGACUUGUCCACUCUGAGAAACAGGAUCUUACAGAGUGGAAAUACUCUCUCUCGUGUGUUGGACUUCUGAGAUUUUACAGAUUUGUGCAUCUGUUCCAUUUAAGGUGUCCUUAAACGUGUUGAAUGUAAUGUGUUGAAUGUUUAUGUGUGGUGACUAAAGUAUUUAUAUGUAUGUGCAUAGGACUGUCACAAGAUGUAUUCUCAGGAAUACUGUCACCUGGAGUUUGAAGGAAUAACUUAAAGAAAAACAGUUAGGGAAGGAAGGAAAAAAGUUCCAGUUAAUUGACAAUCUUUUGUAACGUUCAAAAUGUGACUAAGAACUUAUUAUCACCGGUGAUCAAUAGAAUAUUAGUAAAAAUAGAUUUAUUUCUUAAUCUGUGAGGCUUAAUCAUAUUUAUCUCAUUCAGAGGAAGGAUAAAACAGGCACCCAAUUUCACCAGGUAUUAAAACAAUUACAUUCAAUUAAGAUUGGUCCUUUGGAAAGUAAAUUUAUAGAGAGACCAUGGAAUAAAAAAAAAAAUCAUCCAUGAUAAUGGGUACAGAUUUAUAAUAUUCAGAUUAAAGCAGUUUAAAUCCUGGGUGCAGAAUUUUCUAGAACAAACAUUUUACUUUCAUUUUCAGCAUUCACUGCUUUCUAUAAUUCUAUUAAACUACUUGAUUCUUCUGACAAGGAAAGUGAGUUACUGAGUGCCUUGGAAAAAGCCACUAAGAGCUACAGUGUCAAAGGGCACAACUGGGCACAUGGCAGUGCUGGAGACAACCAUUGGUUUGCUGCAUCAAGCCUCCAAGAGUAACUUAAGACAAGAUGGCAUCUCUCAUUUAGCAUCUGCUCUUUUAGUCAGUGAACAACUUUCUCUACUUUGCUGCCCACCUCCUAGAGUUUCCAAGGAAAUAAUAGUGUAUGGAUAGAGAUCUAGAGGGAUGAAAGGGUUAUAGAAUUAUUGUUCAAAGCAUGAAUGAAAUACCUUCCUUGAGUUUCACAGGAUACUUUUCCAGAGAACUCUCCAGAAUUUGCUGCUGUCACACUGAGUCACACCGUUGCUCUGUGACUUCACACUUCCAAUCCAUGGCCUUGUGUCUCAGCAGGGAGUAAAAUGUCCCACUUCCUCACUUACUUUCGUGGGUCUCAACUGCGGCAUUGCAGAAGCAAACUUUGAUUUGACACUCAGGAGAAUAAAAACAAGCUGAGGGCAGAAUGUAUUUGGAAAAGUUUAUGAUAAAUUUACUUAUAUUAUUUAAGGAUCAUUUAGGAUCAUAAAUCUACGUACCUCCAUGAUAUUUUCAAUAGUCACUGUGACCAUGGGAUUAAAGUCCUUUAUUAGCCAUUUUGUAGGUAAAAACAAAGGAUUGACUACACAGCCAACUUCCCUCAGAUGACUAUAAAGUCUGUUAUGAAUACUGAAUGACCAAAGAGCAUGGAAAAAUGCAUAUGAAUAAAUACUGAGAUGUUUAUGAAAGAUAUUUAUGAAAGCUAUUGACUUCUGUGUUUGAAUAUGCACAUAUAAUAAAAUAAAUCUAAAAUUA